GUGAACGUGACAGCUGAUGACAGCAAAAGCCAUUAAAAAAAAGCCUUAGCGUGGUGGUUAUUUUAAUUUUCUUCUUGUUUCAGUAACAUCAAAUAAACAUCAUCAGUAUCAUGCGUAUUGCAUCCACUCUCGUCUCUGCUGCGGUGUCGGGGCGGGGCAGAAGGUCGACCCGGCGAUCGACGGGUUGGGGCCGCUCGUGCUCGGUCAGGCUGGAGCGCCUGCUGGUGGACGCGGCGCGGCGUACCUGCCAGGUCGGACGUCGCAAAUACAAGCUGCGCACCACCGAGCCCGCACACACACACAAAGUCACCACCACAAUCUUUCAAUGCCACCAUUGCGGAAAACAGUUCAGGAACAAGUCGGUUCUGAAGAAACACGUACACAUUCACUCAUCUUUACAUAAUUCAACCAGAGAAGAUCAUAGUUUGGAAAACAAAAAAUACAGCGAUAAGAAAUACACGAGUGAUCGUAAAAUAAAUCCGCGAAGACGCGGAAUGAAACAUUCUAGUAAGAAGCAGUUUCAGCCGAAGUGUGACACAUCUGAUGAGGAAACAAACUUACAGGCUCACCUGAUUAUACGCACCGGUGAAAAACCUUUCAGGUGCAGCCACUGUGGCUACAAGUGUAAAAAGAAAUCAGGUAUAAUGUCUCACCUCAUGAUUCACACUGGCGAUAAGCCUUUCCAGUGUAGCUACUGUGAUCACAGGAGCCGCCGCAAAGGACACUUACGAAUUCACGAGAUGACACACACUGGUAAAACACCGUUUGUGUGUGAUCAAUGUGAUAAAAAGUGUUUUACUCAAGGUUCGUUACAUCGUCAUCUCUUGAUCCACACAGACGAGAAGCCUUACAAGUGUACGUACUGUGACUACAGGAGCCGUCAGCAAGUGAACAUACGGUCUCACGAGAUGACACAUGCAGGUGAAAAACCCUUUAAAUGUAACUACUGCAAUUACAAAUGUAGACAUAAACGACAGUUACGUAAUCAUGAGAUGAAACAUACAGAUGAAGAGCUAGAUGACUAAUUAAUUAGCGCUGAACUGAAAUUGAUGUCAUAUAUACUAUAGAAAAAGUGACAUCCCUCCAGUGGCAGAGGGCGGAUUUGAACCUGUGUCUUCAGCUAUCGCGGCUAACGCCCUGGACCUCUAGGCUACCCCGUCACGGCGGAUUUUCAAAAAAAAAAAAUAUUUGAAAUGUGACGUUUUCAAUCAAAAGGUACCACAUUGUCGCUUACCAUAUGGACGAAAAUUGCUUGUAUCUUUAUACGAAAAUCCUGUUGAGCGUCCUUAUGGCAAGUGACAAUGUGGUACCUUUUUGCUUGAAUUGACACAUAUGGUGUCUUAAGUCUUUAGUCACUUAGUGUAAUCUAUCUGAUUCAAAUUAAUAU